AGGAAUGUAACUAUUAUGGAAAUGGGACACUACUCUAAUGGAUCCCGGAGUUUGGAACAUAUUUGGAGACGUGAUACAUUUGGCAGGGAAAGGGAUGAAGAACAAAGGCUUAGAUGAAGAUAGUGGGGGAGCAGAAAUUGGAGGUAACACCGGCGAGGAAAUCUCAGGCAGAGAAACAUUUCUGAGUAAGGAGAGAGGAAGCAGGUUGGCUGUCACUUCAAACUCAGAAGAAAAAUUUGAAUUUGAAGGAAAGAGCAAUGAUGAGGAAUGGUCCAAAAAGAAGGAUAGGCUCUCACAUAGCAGAAUAGGUGAGGAAGAGUCUGUUGAUGUGGUAGCAGAUAAUUUUGAAAUGGAUAUGGAAGAGGAUGACGCAGGGGAGAGAGAUGAUAUUGGAAUGUGUGAAUCAGGACUUAAGUUGAAGACUUUCUCAAAUUCAAACCCUAUAACAAGUUUGGGAAGUUAUGGGCUGGACAUCCAAUCCAGUAGUGAUCCAUUAGAUGGAUAUGUUGCAAAAGGAAAAUGGGCCGAUGAAGGAAUGCCAAAAGAAAAUUGGGCCGGUGAAGGACUAUAUGACAGUCCACAAACAGGGAUUGAAAUGAGGCUCGACGGGGAAGUAAAAAAGAAGGAUUCACAAGAAAAUGCAGAAAACAAAGGCACGAAUAUUCUAGAGAAUUGCAGCUCAUGUUGUGACGAGAUGGGUAGUAUAGAAGGGAGCAGGGAAGAAGAGACGGGCACAACACAGAAAAAGGACAAGAAAAAGAGAAAGAAAAGGAACAAAUCGUGCACUUCUGUAUACCAAAAAUCAAUCCUUCUUGGAUUCAUGAAACAGAAGAAGAAAAGCAGGGGCAGAUCUGGCAUGAGGCAAGCAGAGGAAGAAGCAGUGCCGGUGUUCCUGCCAAGCACAAGCAACUCAAUAGUGGGUGGAUCUGGAGGAGAUAGCGGAUUGGGGGUUGUCGAGAAGAAGAGAAUUGUUCGAGAUUUAGUGAAUAAAGAAGGUGUGGAUUUCCUAGCAAUUCAGGAAACUAAGAAGAGUGGAAUAGAUAGAAAAUUUUGUAGUUUGUUGUGGGGAACAGAGGAGUUUGAUUGGGUGGCUAAGGAUUCGACAGGAUUGUCAGGAGUGGAGAAAGGUCUACUUGAAGGUGUAAAAGUGGGAGAUAAAGGUUUCAAGGUCACACAUCUCCAAUAUGCAGAUGACACAUUGGUGUUCGGCACUGCUACUGAUCAAAAUGUAUGGGCUAUGAAGAGCAUUUUGAGGACAUUCAAGUUGGUAUUGGGGCUAAAGAUAAAUUUUAACAAAAGUCAGCUCAUUGGCAUCGGAGAAAAGGAAGAGGUGGUUAGACAAAAUGGCAUGGGUAAAGAUAAUACAGUUUCACAGAUGGGAUGGUGGCUCAAUGGCAUCUGGAUAUGGAAAUUGCAGUGGAGGAGAAGGUUAUAUAGCUGGGAAGUCCAAGAAGAAUCAGAGAUCUUGAAGGAAAUUCAGGAAACAAUAAUCACAAGAGGAAAAACUGAUGUAUGGGAGUGGAUACAUAGCAACAAUGGGGUAUACACAACAAGGUCUGCUUACAAGGCUCUCACAAUGGAGCUCGAGCGGGAACAACUAGGAGUGACCCUUCAAAAAGUAUGGAACGCAAUGGUGCCAAAUAAGGUUUCAGCAUUUUCAUGGCAACUUCUACAGGAUAAAAUCCCUACAAAGGCAAAUCUUCUCAAAAGAGGUGGUGGGGGAAUUAGAACAGCGCUGGACAAAGAAAGGUGUAAGGUAUUUCAACAGCAUCCUUUGGCUCUCAAAGUGGCAGGAAUAAAAGAGGGCUGGAGGUGCAUAUGGUUUGUAGUUGUGUGGACAGUUUGGUUUGCAAGAAAUGACAACAUACUUAAAGGAAAAGAAGUUGACAAAUGCAGGCUGCUUGAACUGGUUCAACUAAGGUCCUUCAACUGGAUGAAAUGCAGAAAGAAAAUCUAUCUUUUUUCAUUAUCUAAUUGGAUCCAGGACCCGGUAUCUUGCUUAAGAGGUGUUGCAGCAAGAAAAAGGCAAAACAGGGUGACAAUACCAGGGUAAGCAACUGCUUUCAUAGGAAGGGGCACUCGAUUAUUUCUAAGGCUAUAUGUAUUUUAGGGGAAUUAGUUGCUGAAUAAGCACAUAUAUCCCUG